AUUAAAUUGAGGGUGGGGUUUCCUUUCGACAAGACAUUCUUGGCUUUCUGUUAUCUGGAAACAAUUUUCUGAAACCUUCCCCUUGUAAAUGUAAAUGCCGCCUCCACCGCCAACACAAAGGAGAAGCAGCUGUGCCCCACUAUCCAUCAGCGCUGUCCUUCUCUAGCUGCGCACGACUGGAUCAAAAGUACAUUUUUGGAGCUUGUUCCUUCUCUCCCAGUCUGCAUUCUCCGGAACCCGGGCACACGAUCACAGCCAAAAGAAAGGAAAACGAGGAGAGAAGACCUGCCUACUUCAAGUCCAAUCCUGCCGCAGUUUCUCGCUUGUCACUUUGGCCAGCACUCCAGCACUGAUUCCGUGAGAUACAUUAUUUGCACGACUAACUUCUUCUCUCCUAAUUGCUUUAAAGGUCUCCAUCUCCCUGGGAUGAACGCUGACCCACCCCCUCUAGUGGUCAAUGAAAACUGAGCUCCGCUGAACCACAGCGCAAUAUCCAGUGUGGAUAUAACCGUCAUUUAAUUACGCCGAUCUCGUGCUUAAGUUCCAUGUACAUCAGUCAGACUUGAGUAAAUAAAACAGAAGUGUUUAUAAAGCUGAAUCAACACAUUCAAGGUGCCCGAAAACAUGAACCGCGUAUCACUGAACACGGCAAUGUUUAGCAUAAUUUGAGCUACUCCGAGACCAUUCUCUUGGGCGAACGAAAGUAUCAUGGUAACUAUGGGACACUCUUAUACUACAGUUGCCCAAAAUGUGGCGCCCAUGCCUGCUUCCUCCCCACCGUUACUGCGGCAAAUAUUCGACGAGUACCAAAAUAAUGGCGUCAUCGUGAGGCAUUACAACUACACCGGCAAGCUGCAGGAGAACCGGUACCGUAACGGACUGAAACCAGAAGCCAUCACUUUCCUGGUCAUCUGCCUGCUCAUCGUGCUGGAAAACGCUGUAGUGUUGGUGGCCAUCUGGAAGAACAAGAAGUUCCACCUACCAAUGUAUUACCUUUUGGGCAAUCUGACGCUGUCCGACCUGCUGGCGGGAUUCACCUACAUGGUCAACAUUGUGCUGUCAGGUCCCAGAACGCUAGAACUGACACCCCUGCUUUGGUUCCUGAGAGAGGGAGGUGUCUUCAUCACUUUGGCCGCCUCCAUCAUCAGCCUUUUGGCUAUCGCCAUUGAGCGUCACGUCACUAUGGUUAAUAUGAAGACCUACCAUAGAGCAAAGCGGUACCGAAUGUUCGCUCUAAUCGGGGCUAGCUGGAUUCUGUCACUGUUGCUAGGGAUCCUUCCUAUUAUGGGCUGGAACUGCAUGGGCCAUUUGCCGGGGUGCUCCACAGUGCUGCCAUUGUAUGCUAGGAGUUACAUCCUGUUUUGCGUCUCUGUCUUCAUUGCGGUUCUGCUGGCCAUAGUUGUGCUCUACGUGCGCAUCUUCCGCAUCGUCAAGUCCAACACGCGGAAACUGGGCUGCCUACGCAAGAGCCAGGCCCGCAAGUCACGGAAAUGCAUGGACCUGCUCAGGACAGUCACUAUAGUGCUUGGGGUCUUCAUCGCUUGUUGGCUGCCUCUUUUCGUGCUGCUGCUGUUGGACUUCUUCUGCAAGGUGGGCCAGUGUUUCGUGCUCUUCAAGGCCGACUACUUCCUAGGCAUCGCCAUAAUCAACUCCUUGCUCAACCCCAUCAUCUACACGCUCACCAGUAAGGACAUGCGGCGGGCCAUCAUCCGCCUGCUGUGCCGCCCCUGUCUCAUGACGGAGGAUGGACAUAUAAAGAAGAUUGGAAUACCCUUCCUGGAUUGCAGCACGAGCAAAAUUGAAAAGUCUGCAUACAGGCUGGAGGGCUUGGAAACCACAGUCUCCUCAGGGAACAUUACCCCUUCAACCAUCAAAGUACUGUACCCAAGGAUGUUGAAGUCCUGAGCCAACUGCUUAACCUUAAAGACUUUUAAAAAGAGUGUCUUGUUCGUUACCAUGGAAGAGGCCAAAGCAGUUCUUUCUAAGCGGUUUAUUAGCUGUUUGACAGAGAAAUCUGGGAGCCCAAAUAGCAAUGACUGAAAGAACCGCUUUGCCAAAGACCCUAUAACAGAUCAUUCCAUUGUGUUCUCUGCAUUAUAUUCUCGAAUGAAUGGGCUAAUGUUGGUCACUGUCAAAGGAGUGGCGAUAUUAAGUCCAACACAGCACACAUUUGUGCACGGACAUGGGUUCUGUGUAUUUCAUUUGCAUGGUAUUCUGAGUGUCCGUUUCUUGGUCUUAUGUUGCAUAAGGGUCAACAUUAUACUACGAAUUCUCCAAUCAAGGUUGGAAAAUGCUGUCACUUCUGAGUAGCGUGUGCACUGAGGCACUCGUAUUUCCAGCCUAAAAGGGUUGCGCGUCGGAUGUGUUCCUUUCCGCAGCCUGGCGUUAUUCGUAAACAGGUAGGACAGCCUCCCAGCGUGCAUGAAAAAUGUCUUCAUUUCAUGGACAUCUGUGGCUCAAAGGUGCCGGCUGGAGCACGGCUCUGCCGUGGUGUUCUGACAACGCAGGCAAUGGAUCCUUGGAUGGGCACGAGGUGUCACUCGAGCCACAGGGCUCCCUCGGGAUGCUGGAGGAUUUUCGCCAGCGCACAUAUAUUCAGCUACAUAGAUGAGUAAUAUCUGCACCUGCAGAAAAGUAAUGGGGGAAAGUGGCUCCACGUUGUCUCUGGGUCAAGGAUACGACCGUAAAGCACUUGCCAACUUGAGAAGUAGCUGGGUGACUUGUGUAUAGGAAAAACACUGGCGUUAUAACAUCAGAUACGCCUAUAAUAUCGAUGUACGCCUGCAUUGGGCUGUUCAAUAACAUACAAUAAGUGUAUUCUGACAUAAUUGCAUCUACAGCAUUGGUGCAAAGGGACACGAUCCUAGAAUAUAUCUAAAAGUGGCUUUAUCUUUUUGUUGACCUGCAAACGUGUAACAAUGCAUUAUAUAAUAACACCGCAUUAUGCAAUGACUCGACAAAAUGUUACAAGUUUAUAGACUACAUUAUCAUUUUAUACUGCAACAUAACCUGUUACUAUCAUCAUCAGCGUUGUUAUCAUUAAGUUUGUUACAUUCUGUCGAGUUACUACAUAAUAUGUUGUUAUUAAACAGUAUGAGGGUUCUGAAGGUUUAAGACUGAAAGUCGUUCAGGGGUUUCAGUUCAGAUUUCAUUGGUGUAGCAUAAUAGCACAAACAUCUGUACUGUAAAGGUCUUCAUAGGUCACUAGGAUUAUGCGCAUGUAAAUCUUCAUAUGCUGACUUUUAUGCAGAUGUACAAAACAGCACUGUAUAAUCACUUAUGUCUACAUUGUUCAUAACUUUUUACAUUAAAGGUUUUCUAAUUUA